AUGAACCCAGCCAUCUCAACCUGGGGAACUGAAAUCACAGCAGUGAAAAGAUAUGCCAUCAUUCGACUUACACCCUGUGACAUCCGGAGCCUUACCCUGGAUUUUCUCGUCCUCAUCUUUGCUGUGGUUGGGCUGGCAGGAAAUGCCAUCGUGCUGUGGCUUCUGGGCUUCGGGAUGCGCAGGGAUGCCUUCACUGUCUAUGUCCUCAACCUGGCUGGGGCUGACUUCCUCUUCCUCUGCAUUCUGACUGUAUAUUCCCUAGAGCGUAUCAUUGACUCCUUCUACCCCGUCUCCAACUCUGAAUCCAUCCUUGUCUUUGUCUUCAUUGGGCUCAUCUUUGCUUACCUUGUUGGUCUGAGCAUGCUCAGUGCCAUUAGUGCUGAGCGCUGCCUGUCUGUCCUGUGGCCCAUCUGGUACCGCUGCCGACGCCCGAGACACGCAUCGGCUGUCAUCUGUGCUCUGCUCUGGGCCUUGUCUCUGCUUUUAAGCAUCCUUGAAGGGAAAAGAUGUGGCUCCAUGUUGCCCAGUUUUGACUAUGAUUGGUGUCGGGCAUCUGAUUUCAUCUCUGCUGCGUGGGUGAUUGCUUUGUUUGUGGUUCUCUCUGGGUCCAGCCUGGUCCUGCUGGUCAGGAUCUUCUACAGACCACAUCGGAUGCCUGUGACCAGGCUGUAUGUGACCAUUGCACUUACAGUGCUGGUCUUCCUGCUCCUUGGCCUGCCCUUUGGGAUAGAAUGGUUUCUUUUAGCAUGGAUUGAGGAUUUUUAUUUUUCACUCCCUUGUCAUUUGUAUGGGCUGACGAAAUUCCUAUCGUCUGUUAACAGCUGUGUCAACCCCAUCAUUUACUUCUUUGUGGGCUCCAUUAGGCGAUGCAGGUUCCAACGUCGUCACCCUCGUACUUUCAAGCUGAUCUUGCAGAGAGCCAUGCAGGACAUUCCUGAGGAAGAAGAAGGUGAGACCGGUUCUUCAGAAAAGCCCGGAGAAGUGGAAACAGUGUGA